CCUGAUAAUAUAAAUUUAUAAUUCAAAUUUUUUCCAGUUUCUAUUUACUGUUCUUUUAAUAAAACAUCUAUUCACGCGUAACAAGUUUGUAAAUUUACAUAGAAUCAUUAAUUUUUAUCAUGUUAUAUACCAAAUGUUUGUUAUUAUAUAGUGGUUUGAUUUUUUUUAAAUCCACCACCGUAUUUGGAAUAAUAGAUCCAAUUACUGGAGCUUUUGCUUUAGGGUCCUUCGCUUUAGGAUACUUUCUAACAAAAACAAACUAUUCAUUUCUAAAUAUUAAUAAUUGCCCUACUGAAAAUAUCCAAUUUUAUGGUAAGACAUUAAUUUUAAAACUAUACAUUAUCUCAUUUACAUUUUAAAUGUUUUAAUACAUUACAAACAAGAAAGAUUCAUUUAAUGAUAUGAUAGUUAUGUGUUUAGUUUUUAAAUACUUUUCCAGUUAUUAAUUACUAUUUAUAUUUUCAGUAUUAUUAUUAGUUUUAAAAAAGAUUACAAUCAAAAUUUAUCAGAUGCAUACAUAGACAUAUUUUGUUGUUAAAAUAUUAAUUAUAAGUUAGGUAUAUGGUAAUGAUUUUAAGACUAAACUUAAUAUACCUAUACAAAAAAAAAUAUAUAUGUUAAACAUUAAUUAUUCUCUUAUUUCUUAAAUGUUUUUUUUUUUAUUUAUCUAUCUUAUUAUUUUUAUACAUAAUAAAUAUAAUAAUACACUAUAUGUUUUAUUUAUUUUUAAUAUAGAAUUACAAAGAGACAUAGAAGAGAAUUUUUUUGGACAACAUAUUGCAUCCAAAAUUAUAUUAUCCGCUUUAAAAGGCAAUUUUAUUCGUAGUACUCAUAAUAAAAAACCAUUGGUAAUGAGUUUUCACGGUUGGACUGGCUGUGGUAAAAAUUUUAUCACAGAAUUAAUUGCUAAUCAUUUUUUUACUAAUGAAAAAAUGAAAAAAUUACGGUAUCAUGUAAUUAAUAGACAAUCUCAGUUUAUUUCGUCUUCAAAAUUAAAUUAUAAUUCGGUAAAUUUUUUUUUAUGUAUAAUUUAUUUAUAUUUCUUAUUCCAAGUAAAAAAAAUAAAAAAUUAUCAACAUUUAUUUAUACAUACUCAUAGACACAAUUAGUCCUAAUAAAUUAGGGGGGAAGGGUUAGCUAAAUAUUCCAUACAAUUUAUUAUAUAUACUUAGUAUUUACUAGAUAAGAACUUGAUUUUUAGAGAUUUGGCUGAGUUUAUUGGAGGUUUAGCCCCCUUAUUUGCACCUAUGUAUGUACUACAUUCAGAUGAAUUAAAAAGGAAGGAAGGAAAAUAAAGUUUGUUAACCAAAUAUUAACUAAAAAGCUUUGUGACAAAAUUAUAAUUUACGAAGAAAAGAUUUUUAUAGUAAAUAAAUAUAUAAAUAAAAAAAUGUAUAUAUGUAUACUAUUUAUCAUAAUACUCCAAGUGUUGCUUUCAUUCAUUUUUUAUUUUAUUUUUAUACAUACUUUUUUUAUUUAUAUAUUUAUUUACGAGUAUUAACCAUUUUAUUAAUUUUUGUUUUUACUUUAUUAUUUAAAAGUAUUUAUUUUAUUUUAUAUUAUUGGUCUGGGAAGUAUAUUUUUGAGUUAUUUUAAGUUAUCUAAAGAAGUUAAUAUUGUUUUAUAUUUUAAGGAAUACUAUGACACAUUGUCACUAUUUUAAGUUUCAGUCAAUUUUAGUUUCUUUCCCUGGGUAGCCAACCACAUAAAUUAAAAUGUCUACUUCAGCCCAUAUUUGAGUUUCAAUCUUAAUUGAUCAGGUUUAAGUGAACAGUUAAUUCAAUUGUCUUUUUGUUCUUAACCCAACUGAUUAAGAAAAAAUAAAAAAUAAAAUAAACUAAUUUAUUCAAAUAUAUUAUCCUUUUUGUUUGUAUUUUAGGAAGAACUUUAUAACCAUAUUAAGUUGGUUAUUAAAUCCUGUAAAACGAAUAUAUUUGUUUUUGAUGAACUGCAAUAUAUACCAAUAGGUUUAUUGGACAUAUUAAUACCAAUUCUUGAAAAUCAUGAUUUAUCUAUUGAUUCUAGGUAAAUAAUUAGUUUAUUAUUUUUAGCUCUAAAAAUUAAAAAAAAGGUAUAGUUUCUAAGACUUAAUCAAAAUUCUACAUUGCUACCAGUACCCGCACCAGUCCAAGAACAGUGUUUCAUGACCGGUUGCCGCCACAAACUUGGCCAAAUUAGAUUUUACAAUAAUAAAGUAAAAACGACUUUUUAAAGUUGUUAAAAUAUAUCUUGAACUUUUUGACCUCUGAUAUCAAAAAUAUACAUAUAUAUUAAGAUUUAGUUUGGAUAGAUAUAGGGUUUUUCAUUUGUGGGUACAGUUUUUAAUUUAAUUUAAGUUUUCUUCCUUUUGUUCUUUAAGUGGAAGCAAAAUAAUUUCAUUUUUAUUAGUUAAAUACAAAUUAGUCAACUUCAAAAACAAAAAAAUACACUUCUGCACUGAAUAUGUCUAAUACACUUGAAUAUAUAUUAAAAUGUUAAGUUGUUGUCUUUUGAAAAUGCCAAAAACUCACGACAUGACAGUUUGUUACAGUGACUCAAUUGUGUCUAAUAAUUAAGCUUUCAAUGCCUGUUUACUCCUUGGAAAUUGUACCUUAAAAAUAGACAAAUGUAAUAUUGUAAUAUUGUUUAUAGAAAUCAAAACAAGUAUUAAUAUGCAGGGUGAAUUUUUUCAGAGAAAUUUUCUCGAAGUGAAUUUGAUUUCUGUAUUUUUUAAUCAUUGUAGAAUUGUUUUAGUUUACUUUAAAAUAAUUUUUUAUUUUUACCCCCACUCCAUAUAGAUUAAAUAAUUAUUUACUUUUGGUUUUCAACUAAAAACCUAGAAAACUAGGUUUUUCAACCCUUUUAUUGAACACAGAUUUGAGUAGAUAAUUUUUUUCUAGAAAUAUUGAUAUGCAUAACACUAAUAUCAGAUUUCCCAUUUAUGAGUUACAACAGUUUAAUGUUUAGACCAUAAGAGUAGGAAAGUGCAGGAUAAAUUGCAUAUCUAUUUUAAAAUGAUAAAUCAAUUACUCUUCACAAUUUCUCUGUUCUAAACUUAUUUAUAAAUGAUAAAUCUGAUAUUAGUGUUAUGCAUAUCAAUAUUUCUAGAAAAAAAAUAUCUUCUCAAAUCUGUGUUCAAUAAGAGGGAUUCCUGUUUAAAAAAAGUAAAUAAUUACUUAAGGUAUAUAGAGUAAUGGUAAAAAAUUAAAAUUGAUUUUAAAAUAAUGCUUAAACAAUUCCAUAAUAAUUAAAAAAAAAAAAAAACAAAUAAAAUUCACUUAUAAUCCUGAGAAAAUUUAUGAUUAAUGAUAAAAAAAUUACUCUGUAUUUAAAAAUAAAAUAUGAUUAUAUUGUAGCGGUUAUAUUACAGGAAUUCAAUUUUUAUAUUUUUAACUAAUGCUGGAGGUGAAGCUAUUGUCGAGAAAUAUUUAGAACUUUGGGAUAAAGGAUAUUCUCGAGAGCAAAUGAAAGUCUUCGAUUUUGAUUCGAUUUUACAACAAUCUGCUUUCAAUGAAAUUGGUAAAACUUAAAUUAAUUCUAACGUUCUUUUAAAAUAAUUAAACAAAAACAAUUCAAAUAUAUAUUUACAUACAUCACAUUUAUAUUAAACUUUUAAUAUAUCUCACACGAUACAAUAUUAGUGGUUUUUAUGUAUUAACAUACCAACAUACCUACACAGUAAAUUAUUAUAAAUAAUAAUGUAUAUAAGUAUAUUUUAAUAUUUUAUAAUGGGUAUAGAAAAAUGUUUUACAUCUUAGCCUUUUGGUAUAUCAAUAUAAUCUAAACAAAUUAAUAAAAAUCACAGUUGAUACUUACUUAAUAAUGUUAGAAUAUUAAAUUAAUUAUUUAUUUUUAUAUUUUAUUGUAAAUUAUGUAAAUCAUCAAGUUUAGUAAAAUGUUUAAAUAUAUUAUUUUUAAUAAUGAGUAUCUGUUUCCAUUAGGUGGUUUGAAGAAAAGUCAAUUAAUAGACUCUCAUAUUAUUGAUCACUAUAUUCCAUUUUUACCACUUGAAAAAUCACAUGUAAUGCAAUGUAUUGACGCAGAAUUGAGAAAUUUAAACCAAAAGUUGGAUUCUAAAACGAAAAAGUAAUAUAUAUAUACAUAUAUAUAAUACAUAAAAAUAAUAUUUCAACAUUUUAUUGAUUAUUUAUAGUUUAUUUGAUUAUAGUUUUCCAUAAUAUUUACUUAUUAUAAUAUAAUAUAAUAUAUACAUUAAUUAUAUUUUUUUGAAUAUAUAUAUAUAAAUUAAAUAUUUAAAAAUAUAUUUCUAUAUAUAUAUAUAUAAUUUACAUAAUAUGACAGAAUUAUGAACACUAUAGCUAAAAAAGUUAAAAAAAAUAUAUAAAUAAUAAAUAUAACUAAUGAUAAACUUAACUUUGAUAUGUUGAAUAAUUUAUUCACACAAUUAAAUAUACUGUUAAUACUAAAUAAAUUAAAAUACUGUUACUCUAACCAUAAUAAAAUUGUAAACAAUAUUAAUAAAUUUUCAAUUUAAUAAUUGUGUUAUAUUCAUGGGUACCAACUAUUGGGGUGUUUAGUACAUAUUAAACAUUUUAAACUUUAGAUUUAGAUACUUUUUUUUUACAUUAGUUCUCUUAUGUCUUUAUUAUUUUUAAAAUUUUAAACACCAAAUGAAAUUUAGAAAAUACAGCCCCCACAAUUAAAAUAUAUAAUUUUAUUUACAAGGUGUCCCAUUAAGAUAUACUUAUUGUAAUAUCUCCAGAGAUAAUAAAGAUAAUCAAAUUCUAGGUUUUUAUAUUACUCAUUGGGAUAAGGACUAAACAUAUUUAUAUUGCAAUUAAUUUCUUAUGUUUUAGUAAAAAAUUACUGUAUUAUUUUUGAAAAAUUUGAAGUUGACUUAUUAAAUUUGUGGUUUUUAAUAAUUUUUUAAAGUUCAAAGUAUCAAAGUACUUAUAAUUAUGCAGCAUGCUGUAAUCGUAUUCGCUAAUUGUUUAUUAUUAUUACGACUAAUUGAAUAUACAUUUCUUUUCUUGUUUUUCAUUGAAACAAAAAAAAUUAAUUUCAACAUAAAUAUUUAUAGACCUUAUCCCUGCAAGUAAUAUAAAAAAACAGAAUUUGAUUAUUUUUAUUAUCUCCGAAGAUAAUAUAAUGUGUAUAUCUUAGUGGGGCACUCUGUAUAUAAAUAAAUAAUUAUGUUUUGGAUAUUCGCAACAAAUAGUAAAAUUAUUUGUUAAAAAUGAACUUUGUUUAUAAAAACAAUAUUAUAUAAUAUUAUUUUUCAUUUAUUUUUUCAGUGAAAUAUUACAGAUAAUUCCAUUUGGUCCAGAUCCACAAAAGUUAUUUUCUACUUCUGGUUGUAAACGAAUUAAAGCACUAGUAACAACUGAAUCAAGUACUAAUUUGGAUUGAUUUUUAAUGUGUAUUUGCCAUUUCUUGUACAUAAACUUUUGGAAAAAAUCCAAUCUGAAAUUAAUUUAAUAUAUUUUUUGUUUUAUAAGAAUAUUAAUAUAAUUAAGUUUAUUACUUUGUCCCCAAUUUGUCCUUUCCACCAUCCUUUUUGAUCGCCUUCCUUACUCAAAAUUUUUAAUGUACAUCCUUCUUUUAAAGGUAACUGAUUCGAUUCAGUAGGAGAAAAAUUAUACUUGGCUACAGCAAGUAUUCGACAAAAUGGCCAUUUCAAUUUAAUAUCUAACCUACAAAGGAAGUAGUAAAAUACAAUAAAAUUGUUAUUAAUAGUUUUAUUUUUUCCAUUUUCAUGUGCAUACCCAGUAAAAUUUUCACUUAAACUAUUUCGUUCAUAAAAGUUAACUAAUUCAACUAAAUUAGGAAAGAAACGUUUUUCUGAUAAAUAAAAGCUGCUAAUCCCAUCUUCUAAUCUUUCACAUAUUUUCAUAUGUUUUACUUGAUUGUUGGAUCUAAAAAGUACA